UGUCCUCUAUCUCUCUCUCUCUCCCCUCCCUCCCUCUCUCUCUCUCUCUCUCUCUCUCUCUCUCACACACACACACACACUGUGUGUGUAUUGUGUGAGUGCUGGUAGCUGGGUGCUGGUUUGGAGAUUUGUCAGGUUGAAAAUGGGCAGGAAAUGUUCACAUUGUGGCAACAUGGGUCACAAUUCAAGGACAUGCAUGAAUCACAGAGGAGGUCUUAUUAAUGGUGGUCUAAAGCUCUUUGGGGUGCAACUUGACAUAUCUAAUAUUUCUUCGUCUUCAUCAUUUCCUGAUGCCUUGAAAAAGAGCUUCAGCAUGGAUUGCUUAAUGCCAGCUUCAUCGUCGUUUGUCUCUUCAUCAACACCCUCUUCUUCAACAUCCUCUCUUGCUCUCUCCAUAGAUGAAAAUUUUGACAAAAUGUCCAAUAAUGGUUAUGUCUCUGAUGGCCUAAUUAAACGAGCUCAAGAGAGGAAGAAAGGUGUGCCAUGGACCGAAGAGGAGCACCGGAUAUUUCUAGUCGGCCUUGAAAAGCUGGGCAAGGGUGAUUGGAGAGGCAUCUCCAAGAACUUUGUGACCACAAGAACUCCAACCCAAGUGGCCAGUCAUGCACAGAAGUACUUUCUUCGACAUAACUGUCUCAACAAGAAGAAACGCCGCCCUAGCCUCUUCGACGUGGUGGAAAGGGACAAAUUCGCCAUCCAAUCACUCAAUACUAAAAUUUCUAUGUCAAUUCCACAUGGGUUGUCACCAAAGACAAAUGCUUCAAUGUUAAGUUAUCAUUCCUUAGAACAGGAUUCGAAAUCAAACCAUCUAUCAAUGGCUAGUUGGCUAUAUGGACCACUUGAAUCACAGUCUACCACUUCAAAUUUAGCUAACGCCUCUGUUCAAAGUGGAGCGCCUGAUUUGGAGCUUACCCUGGCAGCCCCGAAGCCCAAAAGUCAAAGUGAAUCAUCCUCAAGACGACGCGUUUUAGUAGGACCAAUUAGUGUGAUAUGAAAACAACAUCACAAAGUGUUUCAUGCAGAUCAAUGAAGAUACAACUAUGUUUAUGUACACCUGCAAAUUGUCCAUGCAUUAAUUCAUGUUCUAUCAAUAGAACCAGAAUGUUCACCUUAUUGUCUUCAGGAAUUUAUACUUAUUUUCACUACAA